AAGAAGGUUCGACGAAUUAUCCAUUUUGGGCCAUCAAAAUCAAUUGAAAUGUAUAUACAGGAGUGUGGACGAGCUGGAAGGGAUGGGGAAGCAAGUAUAUGCAUUCUUUUGCACAAUGGAUUACUCUCUGCUUACUGUGACAAUGACAUUAAGAACUAUGUUCAAGCUGAAUUAUGUUUAAGGAAGUUAUUAAUGGUGCACUUCAGUCAAACAGAAUCAAAGCCAAGAACUGAAGAUUCUACAUUUUUGCACAACUGCUGUAAGAACUGUCAUUCGAAGUGUGAUUGUGGUGGAUGUCCUCAGCUAUGGAAUCCAGACAUCAAUGAAGAGGAUUCUCCAAAGUCAAUGUACUUCCAGAAGUAUCAACACAAGCAGUUAACAAGAGUUGUCAGUGACAAAGAUAAAAUUGUCUUGCAUGAAAAGCUUUGUAAAUUUAAGCAAAGCCUGCAAAGCAACAUAGAUGUGAGGUCAUUAGUGUCUUGCCCCAAUGUUAUACUGGAGUUUAAUGAAUUCCAUAUCAGUCAAGUCAUGCAACACUGUCACUCCUUGUUCACGUUGGAAGAUGUUGUCCAGUUAGUUGAGAUAUGGAGAUCUCAAUAUGCCAUUGGGAUUUUAAAGAUCAUCAGUGACACAUUUCAGGAUGUCAACAUUGAUUUCUCUUCUUUUGAAGAAUUACAUGCAGAGAUGGAUGAAACUGUGUUUUCUGAAUGGGACAAUAUCAGAGAUGAUUCAACCUUGUUGCAGUUUUUUGAUACCCRGGAAUUAGAAGAAAUAGAGAGCUCCAUGGACACUGAUGAUACAACGUGAAUAUGCCAUGAAGAUGAGCUGUCACCAAGACCAUCUGGAAAUGGAUGUUUUACUGGUUUGCCACUGAGGUCUUCCAUUCCCAGGACAUGCAGAGCUGCAGCAACUACUCUUGCUUCUACCUCAAUAAUAAAGAAUCUUCUGCAAGCAUUGGCUGCUGAGGAGACAUCCGCUUUCACGUUACGUCGAUUAAUUAAGUUUCUAUCACUGAAUAAAGUGCAUUUGUCACCAGCAGAGGCACCACUAUACAAUGCUGAAAAUGCAACCUGAAAAAUUWGAGCACAAUUUUUAGCACAAUUUCCCUAUUGCAGAAUGAUGUYACAGUUUGUUUAUGUUGGGGAUGAAAUUUGGACCUGAUUGAUAUUCUCACUAAAAGUAGAACUUAUAUUUAUCAUGUUUUGAUAAAUAUUAUGUAUCAAAGAUUGCUCUUGUACAUUUUAUUUAAUAUGCAGUCACUCUGAUGCCCUCCGGAGUUAAAACUACAAUAGAAUGUUUUGAUGUGACGYAAUUAUGCAAUAGGGCMAUYAAAACUCUAUCAAUAUAUGUAUUAAGGUGAUAUGGCAGUGCAAACAUUCAUAGUGUACAGCAUUUAUAAAUGUCCACUAUUACAGUGCGAAUCGAAAAGCUGCGACCACUUAGAAAUAUUUUUGGAAUGUUUAUUGUUCAACAACCAAUCACAAGUGAGAUUUACCGUCAUCUAGUGCAUUUGCACAUGCAAAAUUGCCCAAAACUUCAAGGUUCCAAAGAAAUAAAAUUGAUUUUCAACCAAAUAGCAGCCGAUAAAUGCUUAAAAGUUGAAAGAUUGUAUUGKUUAGGAUAAAUACAAAGUUUGAUCAUUUAUAUUUUUCAUUUUUACUUGUACAAUGUAUGUAGGCUAAAUUCCUUUCUCGAUUACACAUUCCUGAAAUAAUUCUGUCCGGUCACAGCUUAAUGAUUCGCACUGUAAAUACUGCUAAUAAUUUGAUAAACUUAUUAGAUACUCCUAGUACUCCCAUCGCUUGUAUUUAUAUUACAAAUAAUUUGGUAGUUAUAAAUAAUGCACAGUGAGUAUAAUAUAUGUUUGUAAGAAUUUUGAGGUAAAAUCUAUUUUAAUGUCCUGUCAUAAAUUCACAUGACUUACAACACCCAAAA